CCCUACGUUAGGCGCAGGCUUCUUCCUGGUGCUGCAAGUACACAGGCCCGAAAUGCACAUACACGGAAAACACAGGCUGAAUUGCCAAAAUAGGUGAAGAGCCAUAGCCUCUCCUUUCUCGCAAACAGCCAAGAGGGAGGGAGGAGUUUAAACAAAGGCCCUCUCCACAUAAAAAAAUGGAGGCUUGUGCAGAGAAGCCAUGGUGUCCUGCUCCCAACACUCUACAUGCUGCCAUUUCUACUCCUAAAGCCUUCAGCUAAGACGGCUCCUGCCAGAUUCUACACUUGGAAGCUUCAAAGCACUGUCAGAUGGGGUUUUGCUGCCCCUGCCUGCACUGAACAAAGAUAAUUACUCAGGAAACAUUUCGGCCAAUCAGGCGCGGCCUUGUAUCUCGCCUCUGAGGAAAGCGACCAGUCAGGAUCUGGCUAACAUCACUGGGGCCUGAUCGCCUUGCCUGAAGAGCGGAGCCUUCCCCGGCUGAGGGCUGAGAGUGUCCUCCAUGUUUUAUAAGUGUUGACAUAACAGUGUGUCAGGCAGCCAUGCAUCCACAGAGUCUGGCUGAGGAGGAGAUAAAGACAGAACCUGAUGUGGUAGAGGGGAUGGAUGCAUCUGUGCGAUCCAAAGUCCCUGAUCCACCGGGAUCAGCAGAUCGAUCGGUGGUGCCACAGAAGCGAAAGGUUUCAAGUCCCACCCAUUCCUCCAAUGGACACUCUCCCUCAGACACCUCCCCCAGCCCUCUGAAGAAAAAGAAGAAGCCAGGGGCUGUGAACUCUAACAAAGACCAGUCAGAGCUAAGACAUGGUCCCUUUUACUAUAUGAAGCAGCCAGCACUCACCACAGACCCUGUUGAUGUUGUACCGCAGGACGGCAGGAAUGACUUCUACUGCUGGCUGUGCCACCGCGAGGGCCAGGUGCUCUGCUGUGAGCUCUGCCCCAGGGUGUACCACGCCAAGUGCCUCAAACUACCAGCCGAGCCCGAGGGCGACUGGUUCUGUCCAGAGUGUGAGAAAAUAACUGUUGCUGAAUGCAUUGAAACCCAGAGCAAGGCGAUGACAAUGCUGACAAUAGACCAGCUCUCCUACUUGCUGAAAUUUGCACUCCAAAAAAUUAAACAGCCUGGGACUGAGCCUUUUCAAAAGCCUGUGUCUCUGGAACAGCACCCAGAUUACGCAGAGUACAUCUUCCACCCCAUGGACUUGUCUACUUUAGAGAAGAAUGUUAAAAAGAAAAUGUAUGGCUGCACAGAAGCUUUUCUUGCUGAUAUGAAAUGGAUCUUACACAACUGCAUCAUCUAUAAUGGAGGUAAUCACAAAUUAACAGCAACUGCAAAAGUCAUCGUCAAGAUCUGUGAACAUGAGAUGAAUGAGAUUGAGGUCUGUCCAGAGUGCUACCUGUCUUCAUGCCAAAAAAGAGACAACUGGUUUUGUGAGCCAUGUAGUCAACCACAUCCUCUGGUCUGGGCUAAGCUGAAGGGCUUUCCUUUUUGGCCAGCAAAAGCGCUUCGUGAAAAGGAUGGGCAAGUGGAUGCACGCUUCUUUGGGCAACAUGACAGAGCCUGGGUUCCCAUCAACAACUGCUACCUCAUGUCCAAAGAGAUCCCUUUCUCUGUGAAGAAAACAAAGAGCAUUUUCAACAGUGCCAUGCAAGAGAUGGAGGUCUAUGUGGAGAACAUUCGCAAGAAAUUUGGGGUCUUUAACUACGCACCCUUCCGCACUCCCUACACACCCAACAACCAGUUACAGAUGCUACUGGACCCCUCCAACCCCGGUGCUGGGACAGUGAAAACAGAGAAAGCAGAUAAACUUCGCUUCAACUUCGAUAUAACCGCAUCUCCCAAGAUGGUGCUCAGCAAGACUUCCACACCCAGUGGUAUGAGUCGGCGGGUGUCAAUGACAGACAUGCCUCGGUCUCCCAUGAGCACUAACUCCUCGGUUCACACAGGGUCCGAUGGGGAGCAAGAUAUGGAAAAGGCUAGUAGAAACCCUGCCUUCCACUACAGCACUGGAGAAGAAUCGAUGGACUGUACUGCAUCUCCUGUCUCGGGGAAGAUGGGUCCUGCAGGCAGUGUAACAGGGAGCCCGAAGCCCUUUAACCCUGGGCUGGUGCCCAAGCAGGAGAGAACUUCAGGAACAGGUGGCAUCCUGAAUCUCAACCUGGAUCGAGUGAAGGCUGAAAUGGAUCUUAAGGAGCUGAGUGAGACUGUGCAACAACAACAGCAGCAACAGCAAGGAGCCGCAGCUGCCCUUCCUACUCCAAAGAGACCUAUCAGGAGUCUGGACAAGACUAUUGAAAGCUGCAAGGCACAGCUCGGUAUCGAUGAGAUUUCUGAAGACGUGUAUAAAGAAGUGGACCACAGUGACUCCGAGGACUCUGAGAAAUCUGACUCAAGUGACAGUGAGUAUCUCAGUGACGAGGAACACAAGCCAAAGAGCAAUGCUCAGGACAACAAGGACAAAGCAGAGAGAAAAAGGCCCAAAACAAGCACGGAGGGAGAGAAGAAGGAGGGAGUUGCGGGAACAGGGGAUAAAGCCACCCCUGAACCCCUGCUCAAAGAGAAGCAGGGUAACAAUGGCCCCGAUAGAGACCCCCAGGAUAAGCCCAAAACACCCCAAUCUCAGCCCCUCACUGACAAGCCUAAGGCCCCAGAGGAGGGCAGAACAGCUGCUGCCACAUCAGCGACUGAGCAAGACUCUGAUUCUGAAAGAGAGCUGGUGAUUGACCUGGGAGAUGAACAUGGAGGCCGUGACUCAAAGAGGGCGAGGAGAGAGCUGGGGUCUUCUGGUGCCAGAACUCUCAAAGAGUCCAAUGUUGCCAAGUUGGAAGGUAAAUUGCCUUCAUCUGCUGCAUCAGCUGCACCAGCCCGUGAUGUUCCCUCCAACCUGAAAGACUCAUUGCAGCCUUCUAUCACAGCGGCACUCAACCUUGUGUCCACGGCAGCUUCUGGUCAGCCCAGUGCAACCACAACUACCAGUGGAUCUACCAAUGCCUCCUCUCCAGCCUCCACAACAGCCACAGUGCCCACAGCUGUAAAGAAACAGCGCCCUCUACUGCCUAAAGAGACAGCUCAGGCCGUGCAGCGUGCAGUGGUUUGGAAUCCGACCAAGUUUCAAACGUCUUCUCAGAAGUGGCAUAUGCAGAAGGUGCAGAGGCAGCAGCAGCAGCAUGGAGAGCAGUCGCCUGUGCAGACACAAGUCCAGGGUCAGGGGCAAACACGCAGCCCACAGCAGCUGCAGUCACAACAGCAGAACUCAUCCUCAAGCACUCGCUAUCAAACCAGACAAUCAGUCAAGGUUCAACAAAAAGACCCGCCUCAGAAUGCAUCCUCGUCAACUGCUCAGGUCAUAUCUGGUAGUUCUUCUUUCAUGUCAGGAGACUUGCAGAUCCCUACUGUCUCAGCAGACGUAGCUGCAGAUAUAGCCAAAUACACAAACAAAAUAAUGGACACAAUAAAGGGGACAAUGACUGAAAUCUACAAUGAUCUUUCCAAAAGCACAUCAGGAAACACAAUUGCAGAGAUUCGACGGUUAAGGAUAGAGAUUGAGAAGCUCCAGUGGCUGCAUCAGCAAGAGUUGUCUGAGAUGAAACACAAUCUGGAACUGACAAUGGCAGAGAUGAGGCAGAGUCUGGAGCAGGAAAGAGAAAGAUUGGUGGCUGAGGUGAAAAAGCAGACGGAGUUGGAGAAGCAGCAGGCAGUGGAUGAGACCAAAAAGAAACAGUGGUGCGCCAACUGCAGGAAAGAAGCUAUUUUCUACUGCUGCUGGAAUACCAGUUACUGUGAUUAUCCAUGUCAGCAGGCACACUGGCCAGAACACAUGAAGUCCUGCACACAGUCAGCCACAGCAUCACAGCAGGAACCAGAGGCAGAACCCAACUCGGACCCUUCAGUCAAAUCAACAGGCCACUCUCCUGCCACACAGACGCUACCCCCAGGCACAGGGUCAAUAUCAGACAAAAGCAACUCUCCCACAUACAUGGACAAAAACAAGGACAGUGCUGGUGUUACUGUGACCUAACUGCUACAGUGUACAGGCACAUUUUGAGAGGCCACUGUGGGGUUUGUAGCCUCAGACUUGGUGCUUGAAGGCCUGCACUCUGUGACAAAUCACUUUGAUUUUUCCAUUCCCAUAUGUACAACUGCUUGGUGGACAUCUUUUGGUUCGUCGCUCAUUCACAGUUUCCACAUCUGUGUUCAGGUGGAUACACCAUGUGAAAGUACCGUAGUCUGUGUUGAAAAAUAAAAUGUGAGUCUGUAUGUUUUCAUAUUGUAGUUUUAUGUUGUAGCUCUGUUACCACUUUUUCAGCUCUGGGCAAGAUUGUAUCAACCCACAUUUUCUACAUUAUCACUUUCAAUGCUGCUCUUAAGUACUUCACAGCUGUUUUAUUUUGUUGAUUGUUCUCCAUAUUGUGAGACAAAACAUUUUAAACAGCCAACAGCUGAUAAACAUUCAUUCUGGUGCCAUCAGAGAUAUAUAGUUAUGGAAGUUUCAUCUUUGGUUUAAACCACAGUUGCUUUGUGUCGACCGAGGUGUUUUGAGUAAUGCAAGUUCAAAGAUUAUAUUUCAACCAUGUUGUCUUCAUGUUAGUGGUGGCAUUUUUGUCUCAUACCAGUUUUGUAUUGUACUUCCACGUUGUAUAGGCCUACAUAAAAAAAAAUCUGAUAUAUUAAAAAGGACUAAAAAAUUUAAACUGUACAAAGCUUUUGUAAGAAGAUACCUGAACAAUAUUUAUAGUGUUAUAUGUUUUUAUAGUAUGUUUAUUGAAAUCACAUUUCUAUGUGUCUAAAUAAAGUUAUUUGAAAGUAAAUUACUUCACAUGAAUGUCAGCUCUGAGCAAAGUCUCUGUUCAACCGGUUACCCAAAGCUGAUGUUAAUCCUGGUUAGACUAUAAGAACUGAGGUGGCAACAAUAGAAACUGCAUUUUGGCUGGAUAAUAUUUCCUGUGAGCAUGUCUGUUUUGAGCUUGUGUCUCGUUCUUGUUUACAUAUUGUACAUAAAAUAAAUGGAAUCGUGAAGAAAAAAAUAAAAAUGCACUUAUCAA